AUGAACACAAGUAUUACUACAUUAUUUCAUCCACAAGAUGAAUUACAAGUUAAUUCUAUCAUGAAUUGGCUAAGAACUGAAUUAUUUUCAAUAUGGAAUUGUCAAUCUAAACAAUUAAAUAACGAUGUCAGUAGGAUUUUAAAAAUACAUCGUAAUGAAGAAUUAAUGAAUAAAUUGUAUAGAACAGCUUAUCAGACUUAUAUGCAACAAAUCAAAGACAAUGAUCAUUGCCAUGCUUAUUACCAAAUUGGAUAUUACCAUCAACAUGGGCUUGGAAUAGAUAAGAAAGACAGUGUUGAGGCGCUACGGUAUUACGAAGAAGCCAUUAAGCGACACCAUCAUUUAGCUUGUCACGACAUGUCAACUUUGUAUGAUUGCGAUUCAAAUAUAGAUCACCAAGAAUCGUCAUCAAUACAAAAAAUAGAUGAAAAACAACUCAUUGACAUUAAAGUGAGAUUAUUAAUGGAUGCAGUUGUUAACGGUCAACAUUAUUAUGCUGGAAAAAUGUUGAGAAGUAAAUAUAACAGUCAUCCGUUUUGGAGAAAUAAACUGCUAGAAAUUAAGGAUGAUAUCGAAACUGCUAUUGAUGAAACUACUGACACAUCGACUAUAGCAGAAUUAUAUAAUUACCUUGGUGUUAUUGAAUGUUUCAUUCAUGCUAGUCAAACUGACGAUGAUAAUUCUGAUGAAGAAAACAUCGAUGAGGAUAACUUGACCACUGAUAAAAUUACCUCUGUUGACAAAACAACACGUUAUGCUUACGACUGCUUUCAAAAAGCAGCUAAAUUAGGUGAUGGCCAGGGCUAUUUUAAUUAUGCCUUCAGGAAAAUGUUAUCGCCACAAUUUUUAACCGAUUCCAGUUCUAUUAACACAAAGGAAGCAAAUCUUUACCCUAUGAGUUGUUUCAUACAAUCAGCUAUCAAAGAUCACCCACUAGGCUGGUUUAGUCUGCAUUUAGCUUUAAAUUUACAACGUCCAGAUAACGUUGAUAGUAAUCGAAUAUCACAAGGGCUAUUGAUAAAAGCUGCUAAAGCUGGCGGAUUCUCUGAUAUCUUGAGAGAAUUGGCUUAUACCUACUUAGAGCCACGCCAAGGAUGGCAAUACGAUCAUCAAUUGGCUCGGGAAUAUUUAGAGAGAGCAUUAACAGCCAAUCCUAGUUGUCUUUAUCCCACAGAUACUCGACAUAAUUGCUAUUUAGGCUAUCUUUACCAACUAGGUGUCGGUACUGGGAUUGAUAAAGUACAAGCUGCUCAUUAUUAUGCAGCUACCUUAUUAAAAUCGAGUAAAUGCCCUAUAACUAUGGUCCUAUUAGCUAAAUUAAUUGAAAAAGAAACUGUACCUCGAUCAACACUCCUUGAUUCAGUUAGACUCUAUCAAAGUGCUUGCCUAAAAUUAGAACCGCUAGCAUCGGCAUAUGCUUGCUAUCGAUUGGGUAGGAUGUGUAGCAAAGGAUUAAUUAGUCAAGAAAUGGGAUUUGAUACAACUAAAGCUAGCUUUUACUACCAGAUGGCCAAUAAACUACUUCAAGCUGUUUCACCAUGCCCAAUAAGUUAUUACAUAAAAGGCAAUAUUUAUUCAAUAGAUACAAAUCAAGAAAAUGAAACAAAUCCAACUGCCUGUUAUUAUGCAGCAAGCGAAUAUUAUAAUAGAUCAUUAGAUUAUCGAUACUAUGCUAUUAAAGCUAAAUUAAAAUACGAAGGGAUGAAACCUACACAACGGCAAGAAAUUAUCCAGAAUAUUACAUCAAUGAAUGAUGAAAUUCAAAAUUUAUGGAGAAGUAAACCAAAAGAGAUUAUGUGGUCAUCAUACCGCAUUGCAUUACGCUACCUUUCUAGUGAUUUUAUGACUAAACUAUAUGAUUAUUCCUACCGUAAAUAUCGUCAGAAAUUGCAAGAAUCUGAUGAUAUGAAUGCCCAUUAUCAGCUAGGUUAUUACUUUCGCAAUGGUUUAGGCUCUGUCAAGAAAGAUCCUGCUAUAGCUAUGAAUCAUUACUAUAAAGCUGUUGCAUUAGGUCAUUCAUUAGCCUAUCAUGGGCUUGCAUUGUUGAUUGGAUGCGAAGAAGAAGGUGAUGAUCCUACAAAUUACUGCCAAGUGUAUUCUAGCACUAAGCAAUGUGCAGAAUAUCGUCUGGACUUAUUAUUACAAUCCGCUUAUAUGGGUAACAUCAAUUCUUUGCAUUAUAUCGAUCAACAAGUUCGAGAUAAACCAGCUUGGAGUAAGUUAAUUGAUGCCAGUAUUAAGACACGAGAAAAGAGCUAUCGCCACGGUAAAAGUAGAAAAUUAAGUCAUGAUGAAUUGACAAAAUUGCAGGUCGAAUUAGGGAUAUUACUCAUGAUUCGAGAAGCUAUUUUCGAUCAACCAAACUCAUUAUCUGUUUAUGAAAUUAUCAAUCACUUCAAUAAAGCAGCAAAAUUACAUGAUCCAGCAGCUUAUUAUUAUCUUGGCUAUCUUAAAUUAAAAUUGGACAAAAAAUAUUUUAAAGGCUCAAAUAAAAAGAAUGAUGCCCAAGCUUAUCUUAUGAAAGCAGCCAAAUUGGAUUAUAUUGCCGCUAAAUUGCAGUUAGUUCAACUAAUAUUCGCAGGUGAAAAAUUAACCAUGGACGAUCGUAAAGUACGCCAAUUGCUAAUUGAUGGUAGUAAGUAUGGUGAUGCAUUAUCGACUUUAGUGAUAGCAUUAGGGCGGAUUGACGGACGAUUUGGUAUUGAAAUCAAUUUAGAUAAGGCUAUCUCAACACUUGAAAGAGCUAUGGUAGAAGAUCAUCAUCAAGUUAUCCCAACUAUUUUACCAGAUUAUCUUCUUGGAAUUAUAUAUGAAUGUGAAAGUACUUGUACCAAUAAAUAUAUUAAAGCAAGGCAUUGGUAUUCAACUCAAAUUGUACACCAGUUAAACGAUUGCCAAGGGCGUAUUCUAUUAGGCCAGUUGAUCGAGAAGAAGAAGAUUCCAGCAGCAAGUAUUUUAGAUGCGAUUAAACUAUAUCAAUCGGCAAUUUAUAUCAAUGAUCAACAUGUCGGAGUUGCUCAUUACCGAUUAGGUAAAAUUUAUUCCAAUAAACAGAAUAAUAAAUUUUACGAUCUUGAUCGAGCAAAGUCGCACUUUCGGAUGGCUUAUCGACAAUUUCAAUAUAAUGUGUUAAUAUCCAGUAAAAAUGCUAGUCGCGAUUGUUAUAUUUUAGCCAAAAUGUACAAAUGUGGCUAUGGUACAAAUCCUAAUUCUAGUAAGGCUAUGCUAUUCUAUCAGAAAACGAUAGACAUGUCCAAAGCUGAUUACGAUUUCGUAAGAUUACGAUAUCGAAAUAAGGCUGCAAAAGCCCUCCAGCAGUCUAUGUAA